GAGGGAGGGGACAGGGAUUAGAAGAGUUGUUGGAGGAACUGGGCCUGGGAAUAUGGGAGGUGUGGGGUUGAAUAUCUAGGGCUGGGAGAAUCGGAAGGUAUUGGAGCUAUUUAGAGUGGCAGAGAUGGUGCAGGAGGCUGGUCAAGGAUCAUGUAAUAGGGAGGUACAGUUAGGAUAUAGGUGUUGCUGCUUGGGGUGGUUAUGUGUAUAAGUAAUGAACGAACGGGAAAUUGAGGAUUAAGGAGCCAGGAAGAUGUUGGGAGGAAGUCAAAGGUAGUGUAAGAAAGCAUGGUUGGAGGCCAACUUAUCAAUAUUAUCCAUGCUUAUAUUUAAAUAAAUAUUUAUUGAAUGGAUGAAUGUAAAAGGAAGUAGCAGGAAUGAGGAAACAAGAAAAGGAGAUGAAAAGAGGCAUUUUGAGAAAUCAGAGAGCAAAGAUGAGAACCGGAGCCUUACCAUCAAACUUCGGAAACGGAAGCCAGAGAAAAAGGUGGAAUGGACAAGUGACACCGUGGACAAUGAACACAUGGGCCGCCGCUCAUCAAAAUGCUGCUGUAUUUAUGAGAAACCUCGGGCGUUUGGUGAGAGCUCCACGGAAAGUGAUGAGGAGGAAGAAGAGGGCUGUGGUCAUACACACUGUGUACGUGGCCAUCGCAAAGGACGGCGUCGUGCAACCCUAGGACCGACCCCCACCACCCCUCCCCAGCCUCCUGACCCUUCCCAGCCCCCACCAGGACCAAUGCAGCACUAAAUUCCUCUCUCCUCCACCAUUCCUGUGUCUGUCUGGCCCUGAAUGUAUUCAUGUGGCUACUUCUCCAGCCCCUUCCUUCCCUCUCUUCUGCCUGAUAGAGGAAAGAGGAAGAGGAGGGUGAACAGAGAUCCUGGAAUUGUGACUUGCUGCUAUUCCAACCCAGCCUCCUGGGUUCCCCCAGUCCUCAUUUUUCCUCCCAAUACCCACCCUUCUCUCUCAAGGGAUCUAGUCAGCUUGGUCCCAGUCUCUUCCUUUUGUUCUCACUGCCAAACUGCCUGUCCUGGGAUCUAGUUAUCUUGGCCCUGCACGCUACAUGAGUAGCAAACACUUAAAUUGGGUUUUCAACAGUCCCAGCUUUCACUGCCAGGGUCCCAGUCAGAUUCCAGGAAUUUACACCCUAGCUUUGCUUGCUAAUCCUGGUUUAGAGCUAUCCUACUAAAAUAUUUAAUCCUAAAUCUUAGUCCUUGACUGUGAGAUAUGAGGUCUUACAGGAGACCUCAGGGCUCCCAGCCCUUCUCCUCCUGCUAACCCUCCUCACGCCCUGAAGAGGAGUUAGAAGAGAGGUCCUUGUCAUUCUCACCUCUUAUGGAAAAUAGAACAGGAAAUAAUCAUAUCCUUUCUUCCCACCCUUCUCCUGUGAUUUAGGAUUUCUGACAAAGAUGGCUGAGAUUGGUCACUUAGAGCCAACUAUCUCCUCCGCCUUUUGUUUUUCAGCUUCAGAGACAGAUCCAAUAUAGUCCCAGGGACCUGAGUCUCUAGGAUAGGAAGGAAGAGGGAAGGAGCAAAGAGAUUGGGGUAUAUCCCCUGUGCUACACUCCUACCUCUUAAUUCCUAGACUUUGAUUUCUCUGCCAGCCCAGAUGUUCAGUUCUCUUGGCCCUCUCUACCCCUUACUGGGAUUUGGUUUUCAUUUUCCAGUCCUUUUGCCAUACACAGUUGCAGAGAUCAGUCAAAUCCGUACCACCGCUGAGAUCUCAUUUAUUGCCACAGAUGCACAAAAUAAAUAACCCAAAAUCA